GGCGCGGGCAGCGAGCGCUCCGGGGCUGCGCCUCCAUCCCCGCGGCCCCGCCGGCAUGUUCUCCAGGAAGAGCCACGCCGACGUCAGGAAAUCCACGCAGAAGGCGCUGGACCCCAAGCGGGACGUGCUGACCCGCCUGAAGCACCUCCGUGCGCUGCUGGACAUCGUGGAUGGAAGUGACCUGAAGCAGUUUUUUGACAACAAUUAUUCUCAAAUUUAUUUUAUAUUCUAUGAAAACUUCGUAACACUGGAAAACAGCUUGAAGCAAAAAGGGAAUAAAUCACAAAGGGAGGAGCUGGACUCCAUCCUCUUUCUCUUUGAAAAAAUACUGCAGCUGCUGCCCGAGAGGAUUUUUUAUCGAUGGCAUUUUCGCAGUAUAGGGUCGAUUCUGAAGAAGCUUUUGCACACUGGAAAUUCUCUCAAGCUGCGGUGCGAGGGGAUGCGCCUGUUCCUGCUGUGGCUGCAGGCCCUGCAGACCAACUGUGGCGAGGAGCAGGUGCUGCUGUUCGCCUGCCUGGUGCCCGGCUUCCCCCCGCUGCCGUCCCCCCGCGGGCCCUGCACGCUGGACAGCCUGCUCAGCCCCCCGGCCCCGCCCGACGCCAAGGUUUUCCCGGAGGAGAUCACGCCGCUGCUGCCGGCUGUCUCGGGGGAGAAAGCUGCCGAGGACCAGACCUGCUACUUCCUGCAGCUGCUGCUGAAAUACAUGGUCACUCAGGCUGCCAGCUUGGAGUGGAAGAACAAGGAGAACCAAGACACUGGAUUUAAGUUUCUCUUUGCUUUGUUCAGAAAGUACUAUCUUCCCCACUUGUUCCCAUCUUUCACAAAGCUGACCAACCUCUACAAGCCUGUGCUUGACAUCCCUGAUGUCAGGCCAAGGCCGGUGUACGUCGCUGCAACGCGCAACAACGAGAGCGUCUACUGCACUAAAAUCCCCUACAUGGCAGCUCGCGUGGUGUUCAUCAAGUGGCUCGUUACCUUCUUCCUGGAAAAGAAGUAUUUAGCUGCUGUUCAGGGCACAAAAAAUGGAGGAGAAAUGCUCCCUAAAAUUAUUCAGACGGUGGCCGUGGGCCAGGAGGAGGGCGCGGAGCCGGAGAGCGGCGCGGUGCCGGCGGGCGAGCAGGAGCAGGAGCACGGGCACCCCGGCAGCCUGUGGGACAGGAGGCUCAGCAGCUGCAGCCUGUGCAGCGUGGAGGAGCAGCACCGCGGCGUCUACCAGAUGGUGCAGGGCAUCCUCCUCUCCACCCGCGGAUACGUCAACUUCGUCAACGAGGUGUUCCGCCAGGCUUUCCUGUUGCCGCCUUCUGAUAUAUCGGCGACACGGAAGGUGGUGAAGGUGUACCACAAGUGGAUACUGCAGGAGAAACCCGUGUUCAUGGAGGAGCCAGACAAGAAGGAGGACAGCCAGGAUGCUGCUGCUCCCUUGGAAGACUCCUCAGUGCAAACAGACGGUAAACAUCUCUCCUCGGAGCCCUGCGGCCACAAGCGCUCCUCCAGCUGGGGCAGGACGUACUCGUUCAGCAGCGCUGUCAGCAGGGGCUGUGUGCUGGAGGAUGAGGACAGGGAUGUGAAGGCUGGCGCUCAGGCCAUGCUGCAGGUGUUCCUGACCAACUCAGCCAACGUUUUCCUGCUGGAGCCGUGCUCCGAGGUCCCUGUGCUGCUGAAGGAGCAGGUGGAUGCUUGCAAAGCCGUUCUCAGCAUCUUCAGGCGCAUGAUAAUGGAGCUGUCCAUGAACAGAAGGACGUGGGAGCAGAUGCUGCAGGUUCUCCUCAGAAUAACAGAAGCUGUGAUGCAGAAGCCGAGGGAGAGCCAGACGAAGGACACGUUUGCUCAGAGCAUGGCAGGGCUGCUGUUCCGAACCCUGCUGGUGGCUUGGAUCAGAGCCAACCUGAGCGUGUUCAUCUCCCGGGAGCUGUGGGACGAGCUGCUGGGCGUGCUGUCCUCGCUGACCCACUGGGAGGAGCUGGUCACCGAGUGGGCCAGCAUCAUGGACUCGCUGACAGCCGUGCUGGCCAGGACCGUGUACGGCGUGGAGAUGACAAACCUGCCCCUGGACAAGCUCAGCGAGCAGAAGGAAAAAAAGCAGAGAGGCAAAGGUGGUGCUUUGGAGCCUCAGAAGACAGCUGUGGUGGGAAGAUCUUUUUCAUUAAGCUGGAAAAGCCACCCCGAAGUUGUGGAGCCGAUGAGGUUCAGAAGUGCCACGACCUCUGGGGCCCCGGGAGUGGAGAAGGCGAGGAGCAUUGUCCGUCAGAGAGCCACGGAAGUUGAAGAAUCUCAACAGCUGGAAAAUCCAGAAGGAGCAGAAGCUGCGGGCCCAUCUGCAGACCAAGAGCAGCAGCUAACUCGGAGCAGCAGCACUUCAGAUAUUGCAGAUCAGAUUCCACCUGAUUUUUUUCAAGGUAAAACUGCUGGAAAUUCGGCUUCAGACUCCAGAUCACUUCAGGAAAACAGGGGAUGUGCAAAGGAGCGGGAAGCCGAGCAAGCUCUGAUGCAGAGGAGCAGCAGCACGGCCGAGCUGGGUGAUGCGAGGGCAGACUCGCAGGGCUGUUCCAGAGCCAGGGAGAAAAGUGAGAGCCUCAGCAGUGACACGUCCCUGGGCUGUGCCACCGACGUGGACGCGGCUCUGGUGGCCUGGCAGGCGGCCGAGGACGAGCCCGAGGCCGGGACGGGCACGGAUCCCGCAGCACCACGCUGGCUGCAGCUCAGCCCCUCACAGGAGCCUGCCAACCUCACAGACAGCAGUGAGUUCCUGGCUGACGACUGCAGUAUAAUUGCUGGUGGAAGCCUUGUUGGUUGGCAUCCUGAUUCUGCUGCCGUGCUCUGGAGGAGGAUCCUGGGAAUUCUUGGAGAUGUGAACAACAUACAGUCACCCAAAAUCCACGCAAAAGUUUUUGGCUACCUUUACGAGCUGUGGUAUAAACUUGCCAAGAUCCGGGACAACCUCGCUAUCAGCGUGGACAAUCAGUCAACCCCCUCUCCUCCCGUGCUCAUCCCUCCCCUCAGGAUAUUUGCAUCCUGGCUGUUCAAGGCUGCCACGCUGCCCGGCGAGUACAAGGAGGGGAAGCUGCAGGCCUUCAGGCUGCUCUGUGCCAUGAUGAGCCGGCGCCAGGACCUGCUGCCCAACUCCGACUUCCUGGUGCAUUUCUACUUGGUGCUGCGCCUGGGGCUGACCAGCGAGGACCAGGACAUCCUGAACACUGUCGUAAAGCACUGCCCACCGUGGUUCUUCUUCCUGGGGCUGCCUGGCUUCACGAUGCUGAUCGGGGACUUCCUCGGCGCGGCGGCGCGCGUGCUGAGCGCGGACACGCCGGAGGCUCCCCGCUGUGAAGCUCACACCAUCCUUGGUGCUCUUGUGUGCUUUCCAAACACCUACCAAGGAAUCCCGUGGGUGGGACCCGUCUCAGAAGGCAGUGAGAGCAUCACAGGGAGUGCAGAUAUGAAGUAUUGCCUCAUAAAUAUUUUAUUGAAGAAUGCUACAGAGGAGCCAAGUGAAGCUGCAAGAUGCAUAGCCAUCUGUGGCCUGGGCGUGUGGAUCUGCGAGGAGCUGACGCAGCGCAGCAGCCACCCCCACGUGAAGAAAGCCAUCAAUGUCAUAGGUGUGACACUGAAGUUUCCCAACAAGCUGGUAGCUCAUGUCGCCUGUGAUGUCCUUCAGCUGCUGGUGUCGUACUGGCAGAAGCUCCAGGAGUACGAAUCCUCCCUGUGCCGGAAAAUUACUGAAAUCCUGGUGGCCACCAUCGCGUUUCUCCUGCCCGGUGCCGAACACUCCUCCCUGGAAGCGGAUAAGAAGUUCAUAGUUUCUCUGCUGCUUUGUCUGCUGGACUGGUGCAUGGCACUGCCCAUGAAAAUGCUGCUGGAGCCCGUGUCUGCAGGUGCUGUGGAGGAUCAGCACGCAUCCAGAGCUCCUCUGCUGGAUUAUAUUUACAGAGUCCUGCACUGCUGCGUCAACGGCUCCAGCACCUACACCCAGCAAAGCCACUACGUGCUGAGCCUGGCCGACCUCUCCUCCUCUGACUACGACCCCUUCCUGCCCCUGGGGAACGUCAGGAGCUCCUCGGAGCCAGCCCAGUGCCCUUCCUCCACCGACCUGGGGAACCUGCUCACCGUGGCCGAAGAGAAGAGGAGGAGGAAUUUGGAGCUGAUCCCUCUCACGGCGCGGAUGGUCAUGACUCACCUGGUGAAUCACCUGAGCCACUACCCGCUGAGCGGGGGCCCCGCCAUCCUGCACAGCCUCCUGAGCGAGAACCACGACAACUCCUACGUGGAGUCCUCCGAGCUGUGCUCGGAAGUGUUCCGCAGCCCCAACCUGCAGCUCUUCGUCUUCAACGACAGCACUCUCAUCUCCUGCCUCCAGAUCCCCGCCGAGCAGAGGCCGGGCCCCGAGCCGGCCGCGGCGCCCUCGGACGUGCGGGUGAUCGUCAGGGACAUCUCGGGGAAGUACUCGUGGGACGGCCGCGUGCUCUACGGGCCCCUGGAGGGCCGCCCGCCGCAGCGUGCCACCGCCACCACCACCUUCGCCGGUGAGGCGCGGCAGCUCGGCCUGUGCCAGGACAGCGAGGACGAGGAGGAGGCCGAGGACGCGCUGGAGCAGCUGCUGGAGCGCAUCGGGAGCAGCAGCCCCGAGUGCCUGCCGCACCCGCAGCGCAGGCUGAACGAGCCCGCGCCGCCGCCCCGCGCCCUCAGCGCCGAGCAGGAGCGCGCCCUCAGCGAGGCCCUGCUGCGGCAGAGCGCCCGCGAAAGGGACUUUGUGCUGAGCUGCGGCUCCCGGCGCCGCCUGAGCCUGGCCUGCCAGCGGCCACCGCCCCCCGCGCAGCCGCAGGCCUCCUUCUACUUCUGCCGGCUGCUGCUGGACGACUUGGGAAUGAACUCCUGGGACAGAAGGAAAAGCUUUCAUCUGCUGAAGAAAAAUUCAAAGUUACUGCGAGAGCUGAAAAAUCUGGAUUCCCGGCAAUGCCGUGAGACGCACAAGAUCGCUGUGUUCUACAUCGCCGAGGGACAGGAGGACAAGUGUUCCAUCCUGGCCAACGCCAGGGGAAGCCAGGCCUACGAAGAUUUUGUGGCUGGGCUGGGCUGGGAGGUCGACCUGUCCACGCACUGCGGGUUCAUGGGCGGCCUGCAGCGCAACGGCAGCACGGGGCAGACCGCGCCCUACUUCGCCACCUCCACCGUGGAGAUCAUCUUCCACGUGUCCACCAGGAUGCCCUCCGACUCGGACGACUCCCUGACCAAAAAGCUCCGUCACUUGGGAAAUGACGAGGUUCACAUCGUGUGGUCCGAGCACACCCGCAACUACCGCAGGGGCAUCAUCCCCACCGACUUUGGGGACGUGCUCAUCGUCAUCUACCCCAUGAAGAACCGCAUGUUCUUCAUCGAGAUCAUGAAGAAGCCCGAGGUGCCGUUUUUCGGUCCCCUCUUCGACGGCGCCAUCGUGACCGCGAAGCUGCUGCCCAGCCUGGUCUGUGCCACGUGCAUCAACGCCAGCAGAGCCGUCAAGUCCCUCAUCCCGCUCUACCAGAGCUUCUACGAGGAGAGAGCUCUGUACCUCGAAGCCAUCAUCCAGAACCACAAAGAAGUGAUGACGUUUGAGGAUUUUGCCGCUCAGGUCUUCUCUCCCUCUCCCAGCUACUCCCUCGGUGGAACUGAUUAGAGUGUUAAUGCUCUCGCUACAGUAACGGCCGCAGGCUGCCUCACCACAAGUGCAAGCACUGACCUCACUGACACCACUGGAAUCCAGCUGGCAGAGCCGCCCUUGCCCCCACUCCGCGUGCCUCCAGGAGCAGGGUCUCUGGGAAGCUCCACCAGCGCCCUCAGCAAGGCGUCCACCUGAGGCCCUGGAGCUCAGAGCUGUGGCCGGGGCAGCCCACGGCACCUGAGCACAGAUCAGAACAGGCAGGUCUGGGUGAACACGUCUUGAAGAGCCUGGGUGAGGAGUUUGCUCUGUGAAAUGGCCUUUCUCCAGUCUGGACAGACAUAGCUGGGGACUGGAUGUCACCUGUGUCACCGUCACCACCGCACUGGCACUACGUGAGCCAAGCCCCUGGGCGCAGGUGCCGCAGCCAGAGGUCACGAACCAGCACUGAGACCAGUUAUUUAAUGUACCCUUAGAGCACUGCUUUAGUCAUUCCAGGCAGCACUUACCUGUGCAUUAGGGAAUUUCUGCUAAAGAGAGGUUUUCCCGUGACUAGCCCGCUAGCAAACGUUCCCUGCUGGAGCACAGGUGGAUGAGGGAUGUCCCACUGCGGGAAUACCGUGGCUUUUCUGCGGUGUGUGUGAUGGCUGCGCACUAGAACUGCUCCCUAGAGAAACAAAGAUAAGCAAAUCACUUUUAGAAGAGCAAAUGCCACACUCCUGCCAUGACCCCUUCCCGGCACAGUGUGAAGAACUGAGUAACCCCCUCACCUUGUCCCAGCAGGGACCUGUCUCUAGCCAGAGGACAACACAACUAAAGGUUUCUGAGGACUUGGGGUCCCCCUGGCACCUGCUGUAGUGAGCAGAGCUCGUGUUGGCAGUAGCUGAGGUGUUUUGGUCUGCAGGUGUCACAGGUUGAUGGGGUUAAGUAUCCGGUAUUUUAAAGCAACAGAAAUCUGAGAUCAGCAGCCCCAGAAGCCUGUCCUGCUGCUGCUUGGUUGCUCCUGGGCACACAUCCGCACACCUCCCAACAGAAUGGGAGUUGUUUUGAGCGAAGGGAUUGCGUUUUUUGGGAAAUGCCCCGUUGGGCCCCCGUGUCUGUUUCUGCACUUGCACUUGGUAUUGCAGCUGUCUGUCCAUCUGAGUGCCAGCACCUGGCCAGGGGCCACCCAGUGCCUGUGGGGCACAUUCCAGCCGUGGCCAGUGAUGCUGAGGUGGCCCUUGGGCUCUGCCUUGCGCUCUGUGCCUGAGGGGCAGCAGCUCAGCCUGGGUGCCCGGCAGGAACUCACCUGGUGCAGCUGCAGGAAGGAACCUCUAUCACUGAGAGCUUGGGCAAACCGGUUUGAUUUUCUGCUUCACAGUUGUGUUUUGCUUUCUAUUGCUUUCCUGUCAGUGAAGGAACCUGGAAAAUAAAACAUGUAUUUUAAUUUAUUUUGCAUUCAGGGCUGGACAGGCAAGGGUGUCUGGCACUUAGUUAUCCAAUAGCUGGUCUGAAAGAAUUUCAAAGGCAUCCUUCUGAGUAAGGAGCCUUUUCUCCUUAGAGCAAUAUGUACCUCUAAUUCAGGGAAGAAUUAAGACAUCAAUGAAAAUCGUGUUUUCCUGAUGUCAAAAAAACUAUUAAUUUGUAUAAACUCCGCUGUGGUUUUGCACCCUGGAUGACAAAGCCACUCUGUUACCCCUCACAAAAUUAAUAUC